AUGCUGUCCUUUUGGCCAUGGAGGGGUGAUACCUCCUCAACCGCCUCCUUCGAAAAGGCGCUCUCCUCACUGUCGGCCAAGAUCAACGCUACACAGGCACAGCUCGACCGCACCCGAUCGACCGCCCGUCGCGUCCAGGUUCUAUGGUCGCUGUACCUGUCCUUCGCCUACCUGAUCUAUGCUAUCGUCCUCGUGCUCGUCGUUGGUUGGACGAACUUGGGCCCAUAUGAGUGGAGUGGUGUGGCCGGCGGUCCCGUGCUCAUCUAUGUGACGCGAACCGCUAUCUCGUCAUUUUUCAACUAUCGUAUCGACAGCCUGAGCGCUCGCCUCAAGGGCCAGAAAGAGGAGCGCGCCAAAACCGUUCAGAAGCUCAAGGAAGCAACCAAGUACGAUUCGACGUUGGAACUUCUCGAGAAGUACGGCGGGGAACCAAGACGUCCGCGGGGCAAGAAGGGCUCCAUCGGUGGCGAUGAUGGCGGCGACACACAAGGCGAGGGCGGCAAACAGCCCACGCGUCCCGGCUCCGCGAACCCUGGACGCACCGGCAUAGCACCGCCGCCAACGGCCAACAUCCAGCGUAGUUCGGCUCCCAGCACGCCGCAGCCUCCCCGCGCAGCGCAGUUCCCUCCUCCCCGAGACGUCUCGGCCGAGUUCGCACCCAACGCGUUCGGGCCAGGAGGGCCGCCCGACUCGCCGGCGAUGGGCAACGCGCAGUAUGCUCCCCUGCCACCCGCCGCGGGCAGCGAGCCACAUUGGUACGACCGGAUCAUGGACCUGCUGCUGGGCGACGACGAGAUGGCGGCCAAGAACCGCAUCGUGCUGAUCUGCGCGCAUUGCCGUCUGGUCAAUGGUCAGGCGCCGCCGGGGAUCAAGACCCUUGCCGACGUUGGCAGGUGGCGUUGCAUGGGUUGCAGGGCCGAAAAUGGUGAAGACAAGCUGGACGAGGGUAAGCGCCUCGUCAAGGAGGUCCUGGCCGCCCGUUCCGAAAGCGGCGCCGCCGAUCAAGUCGAAGCGAGCGCCCAGUUUAAGUCUGACAGUGAUGGCGACUCGAGCGACAUCGUGCAGAUCGAUAGGGAGAUGGCCGAGGCAGAGGAAUCCAAAGGUGCGACGAAGCGCAAGGGCAAGGGAAAGAAGUAA